GUCAUUCUUUUACUGUUUCUCGCUUUUAUUUAAACACAAAGAUAUACGUAGUAUGUGUUACUGGAUGCUAUAUUUAGGCUCUUUACUCCCAAAUAUCACUUAACUGGUCGUUAAAACUUGAAAGUGUAACACCCUCGCUUUAUUGUUUCUUUAUUCUCAUCUCGUCAUAUGCACAUGGUUAACAAGGAACACGUAAAAUCAUGAAGGAGUAGUUCGAUCGUCUUAUUGUAAAAGUGCGUUUUGUUAUUCUGAUUUUUGAGAUAUUUUUUCAUCUUAAAAGUUAAAUAAAAUGUGUAAUUGCCCGAAAAAAUGUGAUUUUUAAAAUUUAAUACAAGUUUGAAAAUGUGAUCUGUAAAGCUUUAAAAAAAUUAGCAUGAAUUUUAUUAUUAAAUUCUUCGCGUUUGUAAUAUGUUUCCUAAUCAACUUAGUCUAUGUGAAUUUAUUGGAAGUGGAUGUGCAAAUUUCCGAGAAUGUGGAAGCUGGAGGAAAUGCAACAUUACGUUGCCUAUUCAACUGCGACGUCAAAGAGAUUGUUACCCUGAAAUGGUACCGAGGCAAUCGUGAAUUUUAUCGAUAUAUGCCCAGUACUUACCCAUCAGUUAGUGUGUUUCCUUUUACGGUCGGUGGAAUAGACGUAGACCUACGAAAUUCCAAUGCUACUCAAGUAACUCUACGUAACGUAUCCGAACUUUUAUCCGGCCAAUUUACUUGCGAAGUUACCGCCGGACAAAAUUUAACAACUGUGUCCGCUUACUCGACUUUGCACGUUUAUGAUCAUGCAGUAUAUGCGAAACCGAUAAUCAAAUACGAUGUUGCUCGACAACAGAUAUCUUGUUCCGGUAUCCAAGUUCGCCAUCCGGUUAAGAGAUUCUCGACUGUAUUUUACGUUGAUAACGAUAAAAUUAGCCAAAGCAAUGUUACAUAUGAUAAUAAUAGCACGGUAAUAUUAAAUACGCAAAGUUUAUUAGACUGGAACAAUGGAAAAUCAAAAGUGAUUCGAUGCGAAGUAGAUUUACCAGGAACUACUCCAACCAGUAGUGAUGAAGUAAUCGUGCAGACUGAUACGAGUGAUACCAUUGCUGUACUACCGUCCACAGUUUUUAUUUUCAUUGGGUGUAUUUUAAGAAAUUCAUUCAGCUUAUUUUAAUCGAGUUGUUUACUGUAUCUAAUUAAUGAAUUUUUGGUACGUAAGUAAAUUUUGUGAUAAUAAAUGAUGCAUUUUAUAUACA